AUGGGAGGCUCGGCGCUCAUUGCCAUCUUCCCGGCCUUCAACAGCCUCGACAUCACGGGGCCGAUAGCAGUUCUCUUUAACAGCGACUUUUCAAUCACAAUCGCUGCCAAAGAAGAUUUAACGAUAUCGCAAGAGAAUAUCACCGUCAAACGGACAGUCUCAUUCCAAGAAGCACACCAAAAUCUCUCAGAAUACGACAUCCUUAUAGUGCCCGGCUCUCGAUCCCGAAACAUCCUCCCCUACGUACAACCCGAGAAUGCCCAGUUAAUGGAACUUCUCGACCUUGUCGCAGAAUUCGCUAAACCACAACAUCGACCGACUAAAGAGCGCACGGCCUUGUCGGUCUGUACAGGGGGGUAUCUCCUCGCAGUUGUUGGUGUUCUGGAUGGGCUCACGGCAACGACACAUCGUCUUGCAACCAAGGGUCUUCAAACGGCUUGCGAAGAAUAUACUACUCGAACGCCAGGUGCAAAGGGUACGACAAUUCUACCUGAGAAUUCAUCUGUUCCUGUUUCAUAUUACGAUGCUGGGGUCAAUGAGUUUGGGGUCAGAGUUAUUACCACAGGCGCUGUUACGAAUGGGAUAGACGCUACACUGCAUUACGUUGCGAGUCGGUCUGGGAGGUCGGUAGCUGUUGAGGUCGCCGGAUUUAUUGGGCAUAAUUGGCGGGAGGAGAAAGCAUAG